AUGGAAACCACCACUGCUUCCUUCCCGCUUAUAUGGGCGGUGCAUGUUGUGUACACGCGGAUAGGGGAGGAAAAGCUUGAUUUCGAGUACAUGUGGAUCCAGACUGUUGUUCUGGAAUGUGAGCACCGGUGCCUGGAUGCAGAUUGGGUAGUUGUUCAGCCAUUCAUCCUAACACGACUGCUCGACGGUUUUCGUACCGAAGUUCAACUUCAGAGUCUCGCGUAUAGCUGCAAGGAGGUAGUGAAUGUUGCGUAUCCCACAUCGACAGAAGGAUCUCGUGAUCUGGAAGAGGUGCAGAAAUUGGGGUUGCGAAACGCGUUUCUCGGUGCUACACGUUGA